AUGGGAGGAACAGACGAAGAGGAAAACGAGAAGAAGUUUUACUUUUUGAGGGAAUUUUCGAGCGCGUUUUAUAAAACGGCGCGAAUGGAAGAAGAAGCGAAUAAGGCGAGCACAUCAUCGUCCAAUGUAUCCAUCGAAACAAGAAAGGACGACGGGGAGGAGAACAACAACAACAAUAACAACAUCGAAAGGCUGAAAGAUGCGGCGGAUUAUCUGCUGAAAAAACCGAAAGAGGACAUCGAGGAAGAGACGAAAAAGAAGAAAAAGAAAGAAAAAGCGGCGAAAACGUACACACCGAUACAGAUUCCAACCGCGGAAGAGCAAAUGCAAGGGGACGUGAUGAACAAUUGCGUGGUGAAGACGGCGUUGUCGGGAGUUAUGGGGGGGGUUUUAGGAAUCGCGAUGGGGAUAUUUUUCGGGGCGUUUGAAGCGCCGGAUCACACGAUGACGCAGAAGAAAGUGUCAAUCGCGGAGACUUUGAAACAAACGGCGAGGAGCACGGCGUCGAAGUCGUGGUCGUACGCGAAAGGCUUCGCGGCGUUUGGCGCGCUGUACGCCGGGAGCGAGUGCGUCGUCGAACAGACGAGAGCGAGGCACGAUAUUUACAACAGCGCGUACGCGGGGUGUUUUACCGGAGGGACCAUGGCCGCUAGGGCUGGACCGAAGGCGGCGUGUAUUGGGUGCGGAACCAUGGCGGCGCUGAGCGUCGCCAUGGAUCACUUUAUGGGUUUGCAUUGA